UGCUAUGCCACAGGAUCCAUGCUACAACCCAGAAUCCAAUCCAAGAAACAACGCAUAACACAAGACAAGAUGACAGUGCUGAGUUCUUCCAGGACUCUCCACCUCCUGCCUCUCUUCCUCCUCCUACCAAUCGGCAGCGCCAUCACCUUGAGCAUCAGCAACCGAUGCUCCAACACAAUAUGGCCAGCUGCUGUGCCAGGCGGCGGAAAGCAGCUCGACCCUGGGGAGUCCUGGACCCUCAACAUGCCGGCCAGCACCACUACCGGGCGUGUGUGGCCGCGCACGAAUUGCUCAUUUGACAGCGCCGGCAACGGGUCGUGCCAGACAGGAGACUGUGGCGGCGUGCUGGCCUGCACAGGCUAUGGUCAGCCGCCCUCUACUCUUGCUGAGUUCUCCAUCGGAGGAGGUACAGAUUUCUUUGACAUCUCCCUUGUCGACGGCUUCAACGUGCCCAUGGACUUCUUGCCGGUGCAAGAAAACACAGGGGCAGGGCAAGCGUGCAGCAGGGGGCCUCGCUGCGUAGGAAACAUCACAGCCGAGUGCCCAAGUGAUCUGAAGGCACCCGGUGGCUGUAACAGUGCGUGUACAGUGUUCAAACAAGACAAAUACUGCUGCACAGGGAACAACACUAGCACUUGUGAACCCACUACCUACUCCGUGUUCUUCGUGCGGGGGUGCCCUGAUGCAUACAGCUAUUCCAGGGAUGAUGACUCCAGUACAACCUUCACUUGCCCAUCGGGCACCAACUACCAGAUCGUCUUCUGUCCCCCAGUCGAUAUUUCAGCUUCGCCUCCGGCUACAAAUCCUCCUACACCUAAUGUUACUGGCCCAACACAUACAAAUCACUCAUCCUUUACAACAAACAAAAUUAUUGGUAUUGUUAUAGGUUCCAUAGGCAGUUUAAUUGUACUCAUUGUAUCCAUUGCAUUCUGCGCCUAUAAACUGAGAGCAAGGCAACACUGGGAGAUGGAAGAAGGGGUUGAAGAGUUCAGGGAGCUGCCAGGAAUGCCAAUAAGGUUCACAUUUCAGCAGCUACAAGAAGCAACAGACCAAUUCAGAUACAAGCUUGGGGAAGGAGGAUUUGGGUCUGUUUUUGAGGGGCAAUACAGUGAAGAAAAAAUUGCGGUUAAACGUUUGGAGCGAUCUGGUCAGGGUAAGAGAGAAUUUUUAGCGGAGGUUCAGACAAUUGGCAGCAUUCAUCACAUCCAUCUGGUCAGGCUGAUAGGUUUCUGUGCAGAGAAAUCACAUAGGCUUUUGGUGUAUGAGUAUAUGCCGAAAGGGUCCUUGGACAGGUGGAUCUAUUACUCACAUGAGCAUGAUACUCCCUCUCUAGAUUGGAAAACUAGACACCAAGUUAUUACUCACAUUGCGAAGGGUCUAUCUUAUCUACAUGAGGAGUGCUCCAAGAGGAUUGCUCACUUGGAUGUCAAACCACAAAAUAUCCUGUUAGACGAAAACUUCAAUGCUAAACUUUCUGAUUUUGGGUUAUCCAAGCUCAUCGAUCGGGAUAAGAGCCAAGUGAUCACAAGAAUGAGAGGCACACCUGGGUAUUUAGCUCCCGAGUGGUUGACAUCCCAAAUCACAGAAAAAGCGGAUGUGUAUAGCUUUGGCAUUGUGGUUAUGGAAAUCAUCAGCAGUAGAAAGAACCUUGACACUUCAAGAUCCGAAGAGAGCAUUCAUCUUAUUACCUUACUGGAAGAAAAGGUGAAGAGUGAUCAGUUAGUAGAUUUGAUUGACAAGAACAAUGCUGACAUGCAAGCACACAAGCAGAAUGUAAUUCAGGUGAUGCAGCUAGCAAUGUGGUGUUUGCAGAUCGAUUGCAAAAGAAGGCCUCAAAUGUCUGAGGUGGCCAAAGUCCUGGAAGGUAGCAUGGAUGCAGAAACCAACAUUGAUCAUAGCUUCGUCGCUACAAGUGCAGCAAGGUUUGGUGUUGCACAAAAUAUAGGUUUCUCGAGCUCAGCACAUGCCUCAGAUUUAUCUGGACCCAGGUGAAAAGAAAUAAUUGUGUGUAGUUAGUAGCCUAGAUUUACGAAGGAGAUAUGCAUUGCUCCGAAAAGCCAUACUUUCUCUUUCUGUAUUUUGAUUUUCAUGUUACUACAACCUGAAGGCUCUACAUGUAUUGCAUUAGUUUUACUUGCAGAAUAUCGGUGUUGCGAAGA